GUGGAAACAGAACCCAUUGUGGUGUUGGAGAGGAGUGAGCUGCAGACAGAAGAAGAGCCAGAAAGAGGCAAUACUAUGACCACAAAGGACGCGUGAUCUGCGGACAGAUAUGGACCGUAAUGCACCGCAACAUGUGUGAAGAGCACCGUGUUUUCCAUGCAGAAAGACCCGGUACAGGAAGAGUUAAACCCCGACAUCACAACUGUUUAUUCCUGCAGCUAGCUGGUUAGCAGCCCAGGAGCUAGACAUGGAAAGCCCGUGUGAGUUUUCCUGAUAGAGAUCUCCGUCGAGCUGUUUUUCUCUUUGCAUAAUGUCUGCAAGAAGCUGCAACUUCAGAGAAUGAUUUCCAGGGAGCGAUAAGCUUUACAGGACUGCACACCCGGAGAGGAAAGAAAGUCAUACAGGCCUGCUGGCUGGAGGCUGCACACACGUACCAGGAAGGGAGAACAUGACUCACUUGCCUCUGACAGAGAUUGGCACGGGGCAGCUGUGGCAACCUCGCCCCUGUCUGCCGAUCUAGAAGCUAACGUGCUACAUCAUGACGGAGAGGCAUUGAAGUGAUCUCCCUGACGUCUGAAAACCUCCCCCAUCAUGCUGCGCUUCCUGCCCCUCAAAGUUGGCCGCCUGUACCGCUGUCUGAAGCUCUUACUGGUCGUGGGGUUGUUCGUCAUCCUGUUGAUGAACACCCACAGCCUGUUCGCCUCCUUCCAGAAGAACGAGCUCACCGACAGACGCUUCAUCAACCUCAACAAGUGUCCCGCCUGCUUUGGCACGAGCUGGUGCCGCAAGUUCAUGAACGGCCAGGUGUCCUUCGAAACCUGGGGUCGCCUGCGAUUCCUGGACGUUUUCAAUGUGAAGAAUGUUUAUUUCGCUCAGUACGGAGAGCCCAGGGAGGGAACUCGACGAGUGGUGCUCAAACGGCUCGGGUCAAAUCAAGAACUCGCCGAGAUAGACCAGAAAAUCUGCAAGAGAGCGACGGGGCGACCGCGCUGUGAUCUGAUCCAGGCCAUGUAUAAGACUGAGUUCGCCCGGAUCAACGGAGAUGUGCGCCUGCUCACUCCUGAGGUGGUGGAGGGCUGGUCCGACCUGGUGCACUGCCCCUCUCAGAGGCUGCUGGACAGGGUGGUCCGCAGGUACGCUGAGACCAAAGACUCAGGCAGCUUCCUGCUAAAGAACCUCAAAGACACGGAGAGAAUGCAGCUGCUCAUGACCUUGGCAUUCAACCCGGAGCCGCUCGUACUGCAGCUGAGCCACUACCUGGACGUGGUGGAGGUGAGCAUCGCCCGGCAGAUCUCUCUUCGCUCCGAUGCGUUUUUCCACGCCAUGUCCUCUCAGCACGACCUCCAGGACCGUCUGCAGGACACUCAGCGGGCCGUGGCCGUCCUGCGUGGCCGCAUCGCCGCCAUCGACCGGGUCACGGUCCAGGGGCCUCUGAGGGCCCUGCGCACCAACCUGACCCGAAACAACUGCGUGAAGCUGCACAACAAACUGAAGCUGAUGGCGGCGGUGCACCAGACGCAGCCCACCGUGCAGCUGCUGCUCUCCACCGCUGAGUUCAUGGGGGCGCUGGAGCUCAUCUCCACCACCAAGGAGGUCCUUCAGCAGGAGCUGCAGGGGGUCCACAGCUUCAGACAUCUGGGCUCUCAGCUGUGUGAGCUGGAGAAGCUGAUUGAUAAGAUGAUGGUGGAGGACUUCAGCAUGUACGCCCGCAGCGACCUGAACCGCUGCCUGAGGGACGAGCCGCACGUCCUGGAGAAGGUACCCCCAAAACACUCCUAA